AUGCCUCACUUCUCCCUCCCCAUCUUCAUCGCCUCAACCAUGACCCUAGCAACCCACACCCUCGCCGGCCUCGCAACCACAACCCACUACAGCGACGGCCUUCAAGGCGCCUGCGGGUGCGGCAACGACCUCGGCACCUGGGACUGGUCGUACGGAAUCUCCAAACACAUCUACACGGCCGCAGCAAGCCAAGCGAUCUUCGACAGCGGCGCGUCCGACACAACCCACUGGUGCGGCAGCGGCUGCGGAAACUGCUUCCGCCUCACCAGCACAGGCGUCUCCACCUGCGAAACCUGCGGCGAGGGCGGCGAAGAGGGCAAAUCGAUCGUCGUCAUGGUCACGAACCUCUGCCCGUUCAGGGGCAACGAGGAGUGGUGUCCGAGCCCCGGGACGCUGAAUCCGCAUGGCUACGGGUACCACUUCGAUAUCAUGGGUGGCGCCGGCGUGUUUGGGGAUAAUGUUGUCGUGGAGUUUGAGGAGGUGGCUUGUCCCCGUGACGCUGGGUUCCGCUGGAAGACGUGCGAGUGUCAUCCUGGUCUGCGGGAUAAGGAUCUCUCGCUCGAUGGCGGUAAGCAUGCGAUGGGCGCGGGGGUUGUGGGACCCGAUCAGGCGAGGGUUUUCUCUGUGCAUGGCGCGCCUGAGCCGACGGCUGCGGCUGCGACUGCGACUGCUCCUGAGCUUGCGCCUGGCCCUGCGUCCCCGGUUGCGACGCUCGUCAAGCGCAUUGAUAUUGCUCAGAAACCCGCUGAGGCGGAGUUGAACGUCAAUCCGAUCGAGGCGGCCGGUGCACUCCAGAAAGCUGUCGCUGAGUCUCUUGGUGCUAUUACUGUGCAGCCUGCUGCUCCUGGCUCUGCUACGGUCUAG